GGCAUGUAGCAUGUACACGGCCUAUACGCAUAUUUCCGCAGACGUUUUUGCAGAGAAAGAGAUCAGACGCGACGUGAACCGACUUUCUCAAUUCAGGAGAAAAUGGUGGAAUUUGGUCUCGUGGAUGAGAUCAUUGUCCCCUCCUGCAUCAUAGGCCUGUUGGCAGCCUUGGCACAGUUUUUGAUCAUCAGGAAAAUCUCUUUGGACCCAGAGAAGCAGGGCCUUUCGACGUCUCUGACUUCUGGGGAAGCGCCAGAGAAGCUUGUCCCAGAGAUCUAUGCCAAGAUCAUGGAUGGAGCCAUCCAGUUUUUGAAGGUGGAAUAUGCCAUUUGCACCUUGUUCUGCCUUGCCUUCUCGCUUGUCAUAUACUUCUUGGUGUCCUGGGGAACACACAGCUCAACGCAGGGCGGGCUCACUGCUGGUGCUUUCUUGACAGGUGCCUUCACUUCCAUGUUGUGUGGUUUCCUCGGCAUGAUGGUUGCUACCUACUCCAAUGCGCGAACCACUUUGGCAUGUGCCAAGAAGGGCUAUACUGAGGGCUUCAACACCGCUUUCCGCGGAGGUAGUGUCAUGGGCUACGCCUUGUGCUCUUUGGGUGUGCUCGUGCUCUGGAUUUUGCUGACCGUCUACCGCAAGGUCUACCCAGAAGCAAAUGACUGGGAGAUGCUUUUCGAUUGCGCUGCUGGUUAUGGUCUUGGCGGCAGCACAGUGGCCAUGUUCGGUCGUGUGGGUGGUGGCAUCUACACGAAGGCAGCUGAUGUGGGUGCUGACCUUUGCGGCAAGGUCGUUGCUGGCUUGGAUGAGGAUGAUCCCAACAACCCAGCGACCAUCGCUGACAACGUGGGUGACAACGUGGGUGACAUUGCUGGUAUGGGUGCAGACUUGUUUGGCUCCUUCGCAGAGAGCACCUGUGCUGCGUUGGUCAUCGCUGCUGCGGCCGUGGAGCACUCCAACAACACACUGUCUGCUGCUGGCUGGGACGCGAUGCUCUUCCCCGUGUCCAUCUCUGCUGCCGGUAUCGUGAUUUGCAUCCUUUGCGGAUUCGUUGCGACAAAUGUGGCUCCCGUGAAGGUGGAGGCCGACAUCGAACGUGUCUUGAAGGUCCAGAUGGUCCUGACAGCCCUUCUCAUGUUGCCAGUGAUCUACUAUUUGGCAGUCCUGCUGCUGCCGGAGCACUUCCGUUUGGAAGGUGUGCGCCUCACCGAAGAUGGCAGCCAGGCAAAGAUCCACGGCACUCCUUUCAAGGCAUUCAUUUGCGCCACGAUGGGGUGCGUUGGUGGACUCAUCAUCGGUCUGGUGACAGAGUACUUCACUUCUCACUCUUUCAUCCCCACUCGUGAGUUGGCCUCUGCCUGCAAGUUUGGCACGGCCGUCAACAUCAUCCAGGGUCUUGCAUUGGGCUACAAGAGCUGCAUCAUCCCAGUCUUCGUGCUUUCCUCCGCCAUUUUUGUGUCCUUCCAGCUUUGCGAUCUGUACGGUAUUGCCCUGGCAGCUCUUGGCAUGCUGGCAACUCUGAGUUGCGGUUUGACCAUCGAUGGCUUCGGCCCAAUCAGCGACAACGCUGGCGGCAUUGCGGAGAUGGCCCUUUUCAACCCAGAGGUGCGUCGUCGCACUGAUGCUCUUGACGCUGCGGGCAACACGACUGCCGCCAUUGGCAAGGGAUUCGCCAUUGGCUCCGCUGCAUUGGUGUCCUUGGCGUUGUACGGGGCCUUUGUCAUCCGCCUUCGUGUGAAGACUGGCGUGAACAUCUUGGAGCCAACCACCUUUGCCUUCCUCAUCAUCGGCUGCAUGAUCCCUUACUGGUUUGCCGCCCUGACGAUGAAGUCUGUUGGAAAGGCAGCCGGUGAAAUGGUCGCCGAAGUGAAGAGGCAAUUUAGCAAAGUGGACUCCAAGGGCAAGACGUUGUUGACGGGCAGCACUGAGCUGAAACCCGACAGCAAAACGUGCAUCCAAAUCAGUACUCAGGCCUCCAUUCGAGAGAUGGUGGCGCCAGCGUGCCUAGUGAUUUUGUCUCCUUUGGCGGCAGGGACUUUCUUUGGCGUCCAGGCCGUUUUCGGUUUGUUGACGGGUUCCUUGGGCUCCUCCGUGCAGCUGGCCAUCUCCAUGUCUAACUCCGGCGGUGCAUGGGACAAUUGCAAGAAGUACAUCAAGAAUGGUUUCUCUGAGGAUGUUGAGCUGCGAUACACCAAGAACCCUCAGACAGAAGAGGAGAAGAAGGCUGCACCAAAGGCCAAGGAGGCGCACGACGCCGCAGUGCAGGGAGACACUGUGGGUGACCCCUUCAAGGACACCUCUGGCCCUGCCCUGAACAUUGUUAUGAAGCUUCAGGCCAUUGUGUCUUUGGUUUUCGCUGCCUACUUUGCAGCAAUCAACCGCGGGCACGGACUGAUCUUUGUGCAGUAGGGUGAGUUGAUCCUCAUAGGUGCGGCCAAUGUCAGUAGGCCCGUGCGGCCUUUUUUCUCCAAGGCCCUUGGCCUUGCAAAGCCCGAGUCGGGAGUUGCUUCAUACAGAACUGGGUGUUUUCCGAGGGCCUUGGAAUGAAGAUAGCUCUCAACAGUUCU